AUGACCUUCUUCAACUCUGCUCUGGGAAGAAACAUUACUUUUGUGCGUCCUGCUUAUUUUAUAAUUAGUGGGAUUUCUGGCAUUCCAAACAUUAAGUAUUACUAUGUUUUUCUCUUUUUUGUUUACAUUGUGUCUGUGGUGGGAAACACAGUUGUUGCCCUGUCUGUGGACAGACUCAUAGCUAUCAUUGAUCCACUUCACUAUCAUAUGAAGGUGACUCACAAGUUCAUGCUGCGUUUGAUCGCCUUUUUCUGGAUCCUUGUCAUUUUUCUUACACUGACUGCAGUCAGUCUUCUCACAAGACUUUCUUUCUGUAAGUCUGUGGUCAUUAAGAGUUACUACUGUGAUCAUGGACCAAUGUACCAACUCGGUUGUAAUGAUGUUACUCCGAGCCGGGUAAUAGCACGUCUGAAUAUGGUUGUAAUUCUCUGGAUUCCAAUAGUGUUUAUAAUAGGAAGUUACUGCGCUAUUGGAUAUGCUAUAUUAAAAAUAUCCACAGUUUCAGAAAGAAUAAAAGCCUUUAAAACUUGCACAGGUCAUAUUUCAUUAGUCAUAAUCUAUUUCUUCCCAGUUUUAAUCACAUAUUCUCUGAGUUCAAAAAUACAAAUAAAUUUCAGAAUCAUAAACCUGUCUCUGGCCUCUGUUUUCCCUCCUAUGUUGAACCCAAUCAUUUAUGUUGUACAAACUAAGGAAAUCAAAGAACCUAUUAAAAAAAGUACUGAAAUUGAAAAAAUAAGUCCAAAUUGCCGUGUAAAAAGUCACUAUUUAUAA